GUCAAGCUUCCAGGAGGAUCCGUACGUGGCAGCCCCUACAACUCCUCUCUGUUCUGUUCACAACCCCGAGGUUAUUGAAAGAGACAGAAUGAGGAAGUCUCAGUUUUUCAUCUCCUGGGCCCUGCUCUGCUCCUGCUGUUGGAUCGCACAGGCCGAGGUCUUCACCUCUAUCGGCCAAAUGACAGACCUGGUCUUCACAGAAAAGGAGCUGGUCCAGUCUCUACGAGAGUACAUCAAAGCAGAGGAGGCCAAGCUUGCUGCUGUUAAAAGCUGGGCCAACAAACUGGAUGCCCUGACCAGAGUGUCCACCUCGGACCCAGAGGGCUACCUCGCCCAUCCAGUAAACGCCUACAAACUGAUGAAGAGGCUCAACACAGAGUGGUCUGAGCUGGAGAGCCUGGUGCUCCAGAAGCCCUCUGAUGGGUUCAUUUCCAACAUGUCCAUGCACAGACAGUAUUUCCCAAAUGAAGAGGAUGAAACGGGCGCAGCCAAGGCACUGAUGCGUCUUCAGGACACAUACCAGCUGGAUUCUGAGGCCUUCGCCAAAGGAAAGCUGCCAGGUGUGCACUCCAAUGCCAUACUGACGGUGGACGACUGCUUCGACAUGGGGAAGACGGCGUAUAAUGACGCAGACUACUAUCAUGCUGUGCUAUGGAUGCAGCAGUCCUUGAAGCAGCUGGAUGCCGGGGAGGAAGCGGUGGUUUCCAAAGCUGACAUUUUGGACUAUCUCAGCUACUCUGUGUACCAAAUGGAAGACCUGCCUCGAGCCAUAGAGCUGACACGCCGCCUGGUGGCUAUCGACCCCAGCCACCAGAGGGCAGGAGGAAACCUCCGAUAUUUUGAGCGGUUACUGUCCAAGCAGCUGAAUGAGCUGAACCAGGCUUACCAGCCUGCGUCUGAGGAGCCCAUCCAGCUGGGAACCUACAGCAGACCUAAAGACCAUCUCCCAGAGAGAGAGGCCUAUGAGGCCCUUUGCAGAGGAGAGGGGCUCCAAAUGAAUGACGCAAGGCGCAGCCGUUUGUUCUGCCGUAAAAAAAAGAGGACCCCUCUUCUCCUGCGUAAGCCCAUUAAGGAGGAGGAUGAGUGGGACAGCCCCCACAUCGUACGCUACUUGGACAUACUGUCACAUGAGGAGAUUAAGAAGAUUAAGGAGCUGGCUAAACCCAGGCUGGCCAGAGCAACUGUCCGUGACCCCAAAACAGGCGUCCUGACCACAGCCAACUACAGAGUAUCACAAAGUGCGUGGUUGGAAGGAGAGGAGGACCCCGUCAUUGCCAGAGUCGAUCAGAGAAUAGAAGACAUCACAGGCCUUACAGUGGAAACAGCAGAGUUAUUACAGGUUGCUAACUAUGGAAUUGGAGGACAGUACGAGCCACAUUUUGACUUCUCCAGGAAAGACGAGCCUGAUGCUUUCAAAAGAUUAGGCACUGGAAAUCGUUUGGCAACUUUUUUGAAUUACAUGAGUGAUGUCGAGGCGGGCGGCGCUACGGUCUUCCCUGACUUUGGAGCAGCAAUCUGGCCCAGAAAGGGGACGGCGGUGUUCUGGUAUAAUCUGUUCAGGAGUGGGGAGGGAGACUACAGAACUAGGCAUGCAGCAUGUCCGGUCUUAGUAGGAAGUAAAUGGGUAUCAAACAAGUGGAUCCAUGAACGAGGACAAGAGUUCAGGAGACCCUGUGGCCUCACAGAGGUGGACUGAAGAACACGCAAACAUACUUACACACACACGCGCGCACACACACACACACACACUGUUGUGCCUUAACUCUGGCAACAAUGCAACACAGAC